AGUUAGGUUGACGGUAGGUAGUAGUAGCGGCCGCCGUGAAUGGGAGGGGAGGUUUCUUCUCUGGGUGAGGCGAUUUUAUUUUGUUUUUUUUAAAAAAAACUAAACGCCUUUGGAUACAAACGUUUUUGUUUUUAAAAGCGAAGGAAGCGGCGGAGUUGCGGAAGAUGGAGGAAGGGUCUGGCGAAGGUGACAUGUUGACCGUUGAGCACGAGCUGAGGAACGAUGUGAAGUAAAGCAGGAUGUUAAACAAAAUCUAUGUAAAACAUUGAAGAGACGAGACUGACAGAUGCUGGAACCUGGAGCAAAAACAAAUGGCUGGAAGAACUCGCUAAUUUAACAGGACAUGCAGAAAAAGUUGGGAUUGAAAACUUUGAACUAUUAAAGGUCCUUGGAACUGGGGCUUAUGGAAAAGUGUUUCUUGUGAGAAAAAUCAGCGGCCAUGACACCGGAAAACUUUUUGCCAUGAAGGUUCUGAAAAAGGCAACAAUAGUUCAAAAAGCAAAGACUGCAGAACACACCAGGACAGAGCGUCAAGUGUUGGAACAUAUUCGACAGUCACCUUUCCUUGUCACAUUACAUUAUGCUUUCCAGACAGAUACAAAACUCCAUCUUAUUUUAGACUAUGUGAAUGGAGGGGAAUUGUUUACUCACUUGUCACAGAGAGAGCGCUUCACGGAGAAUGCAGUGAGAAUAUACAGUGGGGAGAUAGUGCUGGCACUGGAACAUCUACACAAGCUUGGAAUUAUAUAUCGAGAUAUUAAAUUGGAGAAUAUACUACUUGACAGUAAUGGGCACGUGGUUCUAACGGACUUUGGACUUAGUAAAGAGUUUCUAAUUGAUGAAAAUGAACGAGCAUAUUCUUUUUGUGGAACUAUAGAAUACAUGGCUCCAGAAAUUGUGCAAGGAGGUGAUGCAGGACAUGAUAAGGCUGUAGAUUGGUGGAGCCUUGGAGUUCUGAUGUAUGAGCUAAAAACUGGAGCAUCGCCCUUCACUGUUGACGGAGAAAGGAAUUCACAAACUGAGAUUUCAAAGAGAAUUCUAAAAAGUGAUCCUCCAUAUCCACCAGAAAUUGGUCCUUUAGCUAAAGACAUAAUGAAGAAACUCCUCAUUAAAGACCCCAAGAAGAGGUUGGGUUCUGGUCCUGGAGGUGCUGAUGAAAUUAAAUCUCACCCCUUCUUCCAGAAAAUAAACUGGGACGAGUUAGCUGCCAAAAACAUCGAAGCCCCGUUUAAGCCGGUCAUCAGGGAUGAGUUGGAUGUUAGCAACUUUGCUGAAGAGUUCACGGAAAUGGACCCCACAUACUCGCCCGCAGCAUUGCCACAGAACUCCGAUAGGAUCUUUCAGGGCUAUUCUUUCAUUGCUCCCUCCAUUCUCUUCAAACGUAACGCUGUGAUGACUGAUCCCAUUCAACUUCAUAUUGGAGUGGAUCGUCCUGGCAGUACUGCCAUUGCACGCAGUGCUAUGAUGAAGGAUUCACCGUUUUAUCAACACUAUGAUCUUGAUCUAAAAGACAGUCCACUUGGAGAAGGAAGUUUCUCUAUCUGUAGAAGGUGUCGGAAUAAGAAAACUGGGCAGGAGUUUGCAGUGAAAAUUGUCAGCAAAAGAAUGGAAGUGAACACUCAAAGGGAGAUAGCAGCUCUGAAACUCUGUGAAGGACACCCAAACAUUGUAAAACUGCAUGAUGUUUAUCAUGAUCAGCUGCACACAUUUUUGGUGAUGGAGCUGCUGAAAGGGGGUGAACUGUUGGAGCGAAUCCGGAAGAAAAAACACUUCAGUGAAACAGAAGCCAGCUACAUAAUGCGCAAACUGGUCUCUGCUGUUAGUCACAUGCACGAUGUGGGAGUUGUCCACAGGGAUUUGAAGCCUGAGAACUUGUUGUAUGCUGACGAAAGUGACAGCACGGAAAUUAAAAUCAUAGACUUUGGUUUUGCACGAUUGAAACCUCCUGAUAAUCAGCCGCUGAAGACUCCGUGCUUCACACUACAUUAUGCAGCUCCCGAACUGCUGAAGGAUGACGGCUACGACGAAUCCUGUGAUCUGUGGAGUUUGGGUGUCAUCUUGUACACCAUGUUAUCGGGCAAAGUUCCCUUUCAGUGUGAGGGGCAGACAUUGACUUCAACAAGUGCAGAAGAAAUCAUGAAAAAAAUAAAACAAGGGGACUUCUCGUUCGAAGGGGAAGCCUGGAGAAGCGUCUCGCAAGAGGCCAAGGAGCUGAUACAAGGACUCCUAACUGUUGACCCGAACAAACGGAUUAAGAUGUCAAGCCUACGUUUCAAUGAGUGGCUUCAGGACGGCAGUCAGUUAUCAUCCAACCCACUGAUGACUCCAGACAUUCUUGGUUCAACAGGACUUUCUGUCCACACCUAUGUCAAAGCAACCUUUCAUGCCUUCAACAAGUGCAAGAGGGAGGGCUUUUGUCUUCAGAAUGUGGACAAGGCACCGCUGGCAAAAAGACGCAAGAUGAAGAAGACCAGCACCAGCACCGAGACGCGGAGCAGCUCCAGUGAGAGUUCCCACUCUUCCUCUUCCCAGUCGCAUGGCAAGACCACACCCACCAAGAUGAUGCAGCCCAACAACCCAGCAGACAGCAAUAACCCGGACAGUAUCUUCCAGUUCUCCGAUUAAGCUGCUACAGUCCCUCUUUCACAAUUUAAAAACAAAACUCAUGCUUUACUUUUUUAAUCAUCCAUAUCAUCCAUAUAACCCUUUGAGGACCACAACUGAUUUUAGAAUGCAUCCCUCCAUAGUACCUGUGACAUUUAUUUAUUCUAAAGCACAUGUUGUGUAUAUAUAGAUAUAUUAACUAGUUCUGCAUUUUCCUGCAAAAUUGAUUGGCUAAUUUUCUCUGGGGAGUUCAGAGCUUAGGGGUCAUUAAAUACAAGAUCCAAAUUAAUAAAUUCAAUAAGGAAUUUCAGGAGCAACUUCUUUACCCAAAGAGUGUCAAGAAUGGUGUACGUGCUACCUCAUGGAAUUGUUGAAACAAAUAGAGUAGAUGUGAUUAAGGACAAAUUACCUAAGUACAUGAGGAAGAAAGGAACAAAGGGGGUAUACUGAUAGGGUGAAGUGAAAGUAGGACAGGAGGAGGCUCAGACAGAGCAUAAUAGCAUCAUGGACCACUUGGGCCAGUGGCCUGUUCCUGUGCUGUAAUUUCUAUGUAAUAUUCUGUAUAUUGGAAAAGGGACUGAUUUUUAAAAGAUUCAAAAAUGUACAUGUACUGCAGAAAAUGAAACUCUGCAGCCUGGCACUCAAAGGGCUUUUAGUUACUUUACUCUGUGUAAUUUUUAAGUGUGAAAGAAUGGCUGCAGUAUGCAAACCUCUAUCAGGUGCAUUUUUCAAAGAACAUAUUUCUGUUGUACAGACCCAAAAGGAUUGAAGGUAAGAUGAAAGCACUGUCUUCACUAACUUACCUUUAUCUAAAAGAUUGUAUCAAUGAUAAGGAAUUUCCUGUACAAACAGAUCUAUUGUGUACAUAACAUAUGCAACAGAAGUGAGCAGAGGGCUCAGAUUUCUCACAUUAAUUGCCAGACCAUUUAUAACCAGCAUUUGGUUGCAGUUCUUUUUCACUUUGUAUUCCUGCUCUGUGUGAUGGGAUAUUGGAAUCAUUCGCCGUUGUCUUUUCUGCAUAACUUAUUCCCAGUACCAAGGUACCUGGCAGCUUGACGUGCUUUGAUGCAAAGGACGAAUCCUCACUAGCAGGUCGUCUGCCUGUUUUCUUGGUGCUAUUUGCUUCCUGGCGAUCCAAGAGGAAAUUUAUAUUCCCAGCAGGGGGAAAAAAGUCAUUUUUUUUCUUUUUCCCCUUCAGAAUAAACCUUUGUUGGUAUGUCACUACUCUGGACACUGCAGGAUUUGUAUCUAAGUGGAGCAUAAAGUGUGUGACCCAUCUGGGAAAUCUGAGUCUUAAGUCAUCCUUUAUUUAUGUUGUUUUAUAUUUUA